GUUUCUAACCGAUGGGAUAUUUCAGCUGUGAAAGUCUGUUUCAGGAAACGUUCCCAGACGGUUUAACAGAACGUUCUCCAUAACAAACAUCUGUCUCAUCCCGUCAGAGACAAAAACAAAUUGUCAAUGUGAUCCUGGCACAAACAGGAAGUGAUGUCAUGACCUCUGCCAUGGUUCUAAUCUUUGUUCGGAUGUUCCUCUCCAGCGUUCCCGUCUGAUCCAGUUCUGGAGGAUCCCGGUCCCGUCCUGCUGGGUCAGGAGGCGGUCCUCCACUGUAACAUCAGCGGCGUCUUCUCAGCCAAUCAGAUGAGGGUGUCAUGGCUGUCAGGGAACAUGACGCUGACCUCGGAGACCUUCAGGUUCUCUGGUUCCCUGCAAAACGUCUCAUCUGUCCUCCGACUCCGCGUCCAGGAGGACCAGCAGGUCCUGAACUGCCGAGCCGAGCUGCUGACGAAGGAUGGAGAUGAGUGGAGGACCAAGACGUCCAGCAUCCCCCUGCAGGUUCACUAUCCUCCGAAGAGAACCUCCCUCUCUGUGAGUCCAGGUGAGCAGGUGAUGGAGGGUCAGCAGGUGACAUUUACGUGCCACUCAGAUGGAGCUCCGCCCACCACGCUGGUGCUGAGGAGGGAGGGGGCGGAGCUUCAGAGGACUGACCCCACCUCCUCCUCACUCUCCUUCAGCCUGUCCUCAGCCCAGCUGGAAGACUCCGCCCACUACCAGUGUGAGGCCUCCAACCAGUACGGCUCCCAGCUGGUCACCAGCUCUGUCACCAUCACAG